AGGCAUGAUUACAGGAACCCAUUUUUAUUUCUCUACCCAGCCCCAGUCUCGACGUAGGAAAUUCAAGCAGUUAGUUUGUGCUUUGGAGAUGACACGACGACCGUACCCCCCUUACAUACGUCGAAUAGAACAGUUCGCACCCGCUUUGACGAGCUAAAAUUGGAAAUGUAUGUUUUAUUUUUUUUGAAUUUAUCGCACCACAUAUAUGUUCUGAGUUGUUCAGAGCAAGAAGUUUUUUCCCAUGACUACAAGGUACAGUGCAUCUUGUUCCCGCAUUGCUGUGGGCGGUAAAAAGAUGUUGCAUUUCUUAUGUCUUUCCAAGGCCUUCUCCUUAUUGGCAUUUUUGCUUGUCUGCUACGACGUCCGGAGCGACCAUUCUAGUUUUGUUUUUGCAACAGGAACAACUACAGGCAGCGGUGGAGAAACGUCAAGGGCUGCCAGCGCGUCUUCAGAACUAACUGCUAGUACGGCACCAGGGUCGUUACCCACACGAGCAGCUGGCUUUGCACACGAAACUAAAGGCGCUGGUAUAAGUCGUGUGGACGUCGAGAAAGGAAGGAGGGGCCUUCUGAGACGGAGAAGGAGAUCACCAUAUGGACGCACGAAGAUAGAUGAAACAGUAGACCUGGACGAGCAAAAAUCAGAAAAAGAACACCAAGGAAGUAUUAACCAGGGACGAGCAAUACCAGCUGAAAUUGAAGUUGAAGAGAAUCAUGAUCUUCCGCAGAAAAGCACCACCGUGUUGGAUAGAAGUGGUAUUCACGACGAGGACCGGGUAGAAGCACAAGAAGAAGCCGCAACUUCCUUUCAGCAAAACACGAAGAUGAAAUUGGGUGUUUUUCUUGAGCAACGGGCCUCGACGCGGCACAAAUUCUUGAGAAGUACAACCAGAACAACCACCGCAGCCACCCCCGUGGGGAAUGGGGGAAAGAACAAAACUCAGCAAAAUGAGAAGAACAGUAAAGCAAAAGCACUCGACGACGUCCUGCGGAAGAAGAACAAGAAAGGCAAUAGGAAAAAGAAGAAAACCAAGCAAAUUCGUCCUCUACUCCCCGAGGAUUGGCUGAGGAAGACCCCUGAUCAAGUGGGACAAGAUCUUUUUCAUCUCGGAGUUUCAUCGAACGACCAAAGGAUCGUCGUGCAGGACCAGCACAGGACCACUAGUGAUGCUAGAAGGGAAGAACGACAGCGACCAGCACGCGAGGAGAACAAGAACAUCCCAAGCAUAAUUUCAUCUUCCGAUACUAUCUCCUAUGCGCCCGAUGUAGUAGACGUGGGUUUGUUUUUUCCGCAUAGAACAAAAUCGAAAUGGGAAAAAUCCUCGUCGAAGAACCAUCUGUACUUGAAUCUGGAGAACGUAGACGAGCCGUAUGUUCGGCUUGCGAGGACUGAUCAUUUGCGAGGCGGUGAAGCAGGAGAAGUUGUGGAAUUUGAAAACGAUUCAGCGGCUGUUGAUGAGGCAGGAACGACGUCCUCGUCCACGCGGCCAGCACUACCGACAGCAAGUUCAGGCUCUUCGGUCCGUGCACCACCUCCAAGGCCGAACAUGCCCGUGCCCUCCCACCGACAGGAAAUAAGUGGAACAUCAACUACUAGCGGACGAGGUUUACUUCUGGGAGGAGGUGCUAGUACUAGUGAUACAACUUCUACGUCGAUUGGUACAAAAACCUCUAGUAGUGGCACAACUUCUACUUCUUCAACUUCAUCCUCUCGUUCAUCUCGCGACGCACAGCGUAUACCAUCUUCCCCGUCUCUGCCCUUAAAGUGGGCCGAACGACCGAUGCGGAGAGAGGGCAAUCAGCCGGGAAUCGACUGGAGCACAGCCCUGGUGGACGCGAGUCUGGUUUAUCGCGGACAAGAACCCGGAGCCGUGCUCGUGGAUUAUGAUUAUCAGUAUCGUGGGGGCGCGCUGGAGCACCGCAGAGGACUUUGGAACAUCAAAGAAGGUCAAGACUCUCAAAAAUCGGAUGAAGAAGGUCCCCUCCGCGGUCGAGAGGACGGCCCACAAUUCGAAAAGAAGAAUCCAUCAACGACGACGCGGUUGCCCCCGGCGCAGGAGUAUAAUCGACCAUCAUUUAAACAAGCAUUAAAAUGGGGUAUACUACGGCAAACCACCACCACCACCAGGCCGCCAAAACUACACCGAACCAUCCCAGAACUGUACCCCCCCGACCAGCACGGGCAAAGUGGUAUCAAACUUUUGAGAAGUGCCCCGCCCGCUAGAAGUGAGAAUUUUGGCGAUGCAUAUUUAGAAGGUUUGUAUCUAUUAAGUGCGAGCGCGAGGGAGCUGUUGUUCUUUUCAUCCAACUACUAGGACUCAUUGUCAUUUUGCUUCACAUGAAAUCAUCUUGGCUGGGUCACCAGCAGCUCGGGCAUGAUGGCAGCUCUCAUUGGCUCCUUGUGCAACCGCACAAGGAGAGUAGUUUCGCUAGCUUGCGCCAAAAAUUUGUGUUGCUAGCAUCUGCAAGGUGUUGGUGAAUGUCUCCACUGUUUCGAAAUUGGAAUUUAGCAGCGCAAAUUACGCAGCUUUCGAAUAGCUCACCGGGGGUUCUAGCAGGGGCACAUUCUUUCCUCUCGAUACGCCACGGGCAGCGGUUUGGUCCCUGGAACGAGCAGCAGAUGGAGUUCCAAUUUUCUUCUCGUGCCACGUCGAACGAGACUACGGCAAACGCAACCUCCCCCGCUGCUGGGAAGAUUCGCUGGAUGUCUAGGAAGGUCCUUUCUAGCGCCGAUGGAGCGCCGGCGGGUACUACCACAUCCGCUUCUGGAGAAGUAGCAGGCCCAACAUCUGAAGAAAAAAAUGCUUCAAUCGAGGUUGUUCAUCUGGUGAUCGGCGCUGGAGGUACCAACGUGACGAAUCUCAGUUCUGAUGCUCCGAAGCUGUUGUCUCAGGCGGGUGCAGCCGCAGCAGCUCUUAUCGGGGGCGACGAAUUCGAGGAGUGUGGCUCGCUGAGUCCGCUGUUGUGUAACGUUCUGAUGGCCGUGCUCGGGUUUGCGCUGCUGGUCACUGUGUUGGUGUUCGUGGUGCACUCCUGCUGUGUCGAGGAUGAGGAUGAGAGCCCUUAUUUGCAAAGUGCCAGUGGUGCCGGUGGUCGUGGUGGCCACCGUGAAAACCACAGAUCGCGAAUUAUAGCAGGCGGAGGAGUACUAGAGGCGAUGAACUACUACGAUCCUGCGAACCCAAACGGAUAUUACUCGAGGACUCCCCGGGAGACGACAGGUAGAGGUUCUGUUCUUGCGGGUGGAGGUUCGAAUGCAAGCGACGUCGAGGAAAAGCAGGUGGACGACCACUCCAUCAGCGGUUCGGACGACGCAUCGUCUGGUACCUCCGGUGGUUUUGAUUUGAAGAAAUUGCAUAAGCAACCUACCGAAGAGAAUGCUAUGCCCGCGGACACGACAAGCACAACCAAUGAGAACAUCAGCGAAGAAAUGCUAACGUCCCAAUUGCAGAACACGAAUCUUCUCGGUGGCGCCUCCGCUCGACGGCACGGCAGGGAGCGCAGACGGGAAAAAAAAGCUGUGGCCAAGCAAAGCCUGGAAAAAAGGGCCAUGGGGGGAGAGCCGGAACAAAGAGUUGGCACAGACGAGGAUGCGGGGGAAGUAAUAGAAACGUCGCAACAACCACGACACUCAACAUGGUCGAAAAUUUUUAGACAAUAGGUAUAAUUGAACAUUUUUGAAAUAGGCCGACGUGGCGGAGUGCAAGCUAAAAUUAUCCUGCUCCAGAAGUAGACAGCCCGUUCGCAUGCAGCCGGAUGUCAGUGUAUAGCGGAGUUUUGAAGAUUAUAGCGAAAUAGGCCACAGCGUAUUUUUCAACCUGUAAUGUUCAACCUCACAUUUUUUUUGCAACCAGAUCGAGA